UUUUAACAUACUUUCGACAAAUCUCGUUUGGUAAUGAAAGAUGUGGAAUUUACGCGAACAGUUGUUAAAUAAAAUCGCUAAACCACAUUUUCUUACAAUCAAAUAUAAAGUUAACUCGGUUACGACAUAUAAUACAUUAACUAUUGAUUUUUCUAAAUUUAUCGAAAUUUUAGAAAAGAAUAAAUCAGCUUCUUUUUUUUUGUGCUUAAUGUGUCAUAUUAAAGUUUAUCGCUCAUGUAGAUAUUGCACUCCUUUCAUGCAAUAUCCUCGUACGUUCAUUUUAAAAACAUCAAAACGAUUUUAUUGUAUGCCUCAACCUAGUUUAUUCACGAAAAAAAAUUAUUCUUACUUUCAAUCAAUUAUUUGGUUUAUCUAUAAAGUUCAUAUAAACGAACUUAAUGAUACAACUGUACCUCAUAAUCUACAAUAUCCUAAACGCCUCAUUUAUCGCCAAGCUCCACUUUUUCGAAUACCUAAACAUAUCAUUGAUAUGGAGCAUUUGAAAUACUAUCAGUUUAUAAACGAUAAAUUUAAAGGAGGUUCUUUAAUGCAACAGAAAUCUGGCAAACUCAGUUAUAUGAGAGUAAGAAUAUUAGGAGUGAAUGCUUUGGGUCUAAGAAUGACAUUAACAAUUGAUAACAAUCUGGGACCAAAUGAUGUAAGCAUUCCACGACAUAUGUUCGAUUGUUUAGAUUUAGCUACACCCUAUGUAAUCAUUAAUCGCGAUCCAUCUAUUAAUGACUGUGCAAUUUAUGCAUGUGAAUUAUUGAGUUAUCGGAAUCUCAACGACAAUACAAUACAUGUAAAUCCGUAUGUACUUGAAGGAUUACAUGCAGAUCAAGAUGGCGAUGACUUGAAUGUAUACUACUUAAAACGAGACAAAGAAAUUCCAAGUUUUUUAAUGUUGCGAGCAACAUCUGAGCUUCUACGGCUUUCGUGGAAGUACGGAAGACGCCGAAACGUUUGCAAUCAGAGUAAAUAUUCAUUUGGCCAGUAUCAUAUGCUGUUAUUGCAGUUGUACGAUAAUUACUUUCAAGAUAAAUCAAUGUUAUGGAAAUCCCUCUCAUUCACAUAUCAGAAUGUUUCAGAAAGAGCUAAAGUUUUGAUGCAAUUGGGUUGUACAAUUUGGAGAGAUGACAUCGAUGUGUUCAUCAAUGUAUUACAAAAUUUUGGAGCUCGAAUUUGUUUAUCAUUGACAACUGUGAAUGAAAUGAUAAAUGGCACAGGUAUACUUCUCGAUGUUAUAAAAUCUGGUGCAAAAGGAUCGUUGGAGCACAUAAAAAUGUUUACAAAUGUAUUGCAAGAACAUACUGAAAUCGGAAAAAAGAAUUACAUAUGUAAUCUUCAACAAAGUUUUAACAAUUACGUAAAUGCAAGCAAGAGCAUUUCAUUAUUAGGCCAACAAUUGUUUAUUUUAUUAUCGGUAUUCCAGCCACUGUAUCUGUUAAGUAACGACAUAUACAUAAAAAAUAAUACUCGUAUUAUAAAAAAUGUCUCUAAAUGUCUUUUCUAUAAUAAAUGGAUUUAUCAAAUUGAAGCAGUAUUUUCCACAUUUAAUGAUCUCAAGCGGCAUAAAAAAAGCCAGACACAAAUUAAUUCUGAUUUUGUAAUGAGUCCAAAUAUUUUAUUGAAAAAAUAUAAAAUAAACCAGAUUUCAAGAAACACCAUAUCAUUCGAACCUAGAAAAAUCGAAAAUUGUAGAGUGGUAAGAUAUUUUGAUUCUCUAGGAAGAACUGCAGAAAUCAACAGUAGUUCAAACUUCAUUCUAGCACGACCACAUAGUAUUCUAUACUCGAAGUAUGGUAAUUAUGUUAGUCGUGACUAUAGACGACUAGUGUCCAUAGACAUGUUAUAUGAGCGUGUUUGUGAUUAUCUAAAAUCAAUCAGAAACAGUGAUGAGUUGCAUAACUAUUUGGUUAUUGACUCAAUAAAAAUUAUUCCAGUCUUACAUAAAUUACCGUCCAACUACAAAAAUAAGUUUUAUUUUCUACGGAUAAUUUACUGAACUCACGCAACAUCAUAAAGAGUAUAUAAAAACAAAAAAAAAUUUUUUUUAAUGUGCAUCAAAAAAUUAUGUAAAUAUAUACUCGAUGCAUGAAUACAUGUCCAGUAAUAAGUACAGGAGUUCAAAAAUGGGAUCUUUUUUUUAUUCCUUUCCUUUCUCGUGUUAUAAAUGUUCAGUAUUGAUCGUAGCUCAGCAACAAAUGAACUCGAAAAAAAACAGGCAUUAUGACAAAUUCUAUCAAAUUUACAAUUUUUUUUUUUCAAAUUUCAAAAAGUAAUGGCAAUUAAUCAAUAUUUCGUUAGUUUGCACAUUCAACAUAAAUGUAGCAAUCGAUUAGAAAUUAAAAAUAACUCCAAAAAUUUAAUUUGUUGAUGAGCUAAGAUAAAUUGUUUAAAAAAUAACAGUAUUUUCGACAUAAACAAUUUAAUAUCUUUAGAACCAUUAAUUGUAGAGACUUAAGACUGCUUUUAUUGGUUCAUCUCUUGAUCUCUGAUGCGUUUUCUUUUUAGAUAUUCAAUACAAGAAAAGCUAUUUUUUCAUGAACAAACAUUUUGCCAUGUGGUCGAAAAUUUAUACUGAGUUUUGCCGUCAUUAAAAACAACCUAGUAAACCAAAAACCUAUUUACAUAAAAAACUACAAAACAUAUCUGCUCAGGAAUCCUAGGGCUCCGACCCACCUGGGACUUUACCAGACGAGACUGUCCUGCAAACA